AUGGCAGGAUCUUAUCACCGAGGACCUCAACAUUAUCGGAAUAUCGGCCUGAUCGGUAAUGGCAUCGGCAACACUCGUCUGCCCCAUAUGCCCGCCUUGGCUUCAAUCGCAACGACCGCCGCCGUGGCGAUGCCCCGAAACAAUUAUAUUAACCGCGUUCUCCGCCCUUACCAAAACGUUAUGAUCCCGAUGUCUCCGUAUUUCUGGUCGUCACCGAGAUCUGGCCUGCAUCGUGGUAACGACUAUUACCGUGGUCUUGGUAGUGUAACUACCGUCGGGAAGAACCAACAGCAGCUGUUUGGCGGAUUGAUCCCGAAGAAAACGCGAAAGAUCGUCAUCGACAGGCCCGGCCGAUACGUCUCUCAGUCAUUUAUCCGCGGACCUAAUACUCAUUGCGGUAACUAUUGA